AGCUUGGGUAGAUGAAGGAGGGGCCAUCAAGAAGAAUAAGGGGAUCAGAUGUGCCAGUCCCCUCAGCAUUCCCUGCGUGGAGGCCACCAGCUGAAUGUCACCUGAAGGGGGCAGGAGAUCUAUUUGAGAAAUGAAACGGAGGUAGAAUAAGGGCAGAAGGCCAGAAGCUCUACAAGGACCUGAAGAACUUCCUUAGUGCAGUCAAAGGUGGGUCGUAUGUUCCACGGGAGAAUCAAGCUCCUGAGAACUCUGAGGUCGGAAAGAAAAACAGCCAUUCUCAGGCGUUUUAUCACUCGCCUGCCCCUGAUUCCUGGAACUUGUGGGUAUCAGGGAAGCAACUUUUCCUGUCCCAGCCCCGUCCAGCUUUCCUGACAGAUCACCCAAACCUUCUGGGGCACGUCCUUCUGAAAUGGACCCACUGAUCUGCCCGUGCUCCGGUAUGAUGCUACUGGCCUCCCUCUGGGGUGACCGUAGGGUAGGACUGACUCCUCUCCUUUCAGUGAUGCAUGAAAGCUCCAAGAGAGUGUCAGAAACGCUGCAGGAGAUCUACAGCAGCGAGUGGGACGGUCACGAGGAGCUGAAGGCCAUCGUAGGGAAUAAUGAUCUCCUCUGGGAAGACUAUGAAGAGAAACUAGCUGACCAGGCAUUGAGGACCAUGGAAAACUACGUAGCCCAGUUCAGCGAGAUUAAGGAAAGGAUUGCCAAGCGGGGCCGGAAACUUGUGGACUACGACAGUGCCCGACACCACCUGGAGGCGGUGCAGAAUGCCAAGAAGAAAGAUGAGGCCAAGACUGCCAAGGCAGAGGAAGAGUUCAACAAAGCCCAGAGUGUCUUUGAAGACCUGAACCAGGAACUGCUAGAGGAACUGCCUGUUCUUUAUCAUAGUCGUAUUGGCUGUUACGUGACCAUCUUCCAAAACAUUUCCAACUUGAGGGAUGUCUUCUACAGGGAGAUGAGCAAGCUGAACCACAGCCUCUAUGAGGUGAUGAGCAAACUGGAGAAGCAACAUUCCAACAAAGUCUUUGUGGUGAAGGGAGUAUCAAGCAGCAGGCGCUCUUUAGUCAUCUCUUCCCCAGUUCGCACAUCUGAAGCCCCCAGCCCCCUGACCUCACCUACCAGUCCCUCUGCCCUUUCUCUGAAGAGUGAGAGGGACUCCUCAUCAGCAAGUGAAGAAGAGCUGCCAUCUGAUCCGGCCCAGGGAGAAGACGAAUCUGAGAUUCAAGAGCCCUUAAAAGACAAGGAAAUUGAGGGGGAAGAGUCUGAAGCCAGCUCCUCUGAGGAGGAAGAGCCUCUGCCAGCUUGCAAUGGCCCCAAGCAGGCCCAGCCCUCUGCCACCGUUGAGGGCAGCAAGUCCCAGGAGGAAGUUCUCCCUUGCUCCCCAGCUCCAUCACCAGGCAGGGCCCUUGUCCCUUCAGAGCAGCCCUCGUCUCUCCCAGAAGUAGUCCUCCGAACCCGCACCUCAAGUGAAGGAUCUGAACAACCAAAGAAGAGAGCCUCCAUCCAGAGGACCUCGGCACCUCCGAAUAGGCCCCCUCCACCCAGAGCCACUCCCAGCCCCAGGCACUCCUCAGGGAACAUACCCUCCAGCCCUCUAGCCUCUGAGCAGGGUUCACCUACCAGUCCCAGGACCUCCUUAGAUGCUUCACUGGACCCACAGCCACCAGAGAAGCCAGUAAGAACUCCCGAGGCCAGAGAAAAGGAAAACAUCAACAGUCUGAAUCCAGAAGAACUUUGUACUUCCCCAACCUCGAAGAUAUCUGAGGAUUUUUCAGAGUCUGACACGACAAAGAAGAUCGAGGACAAGGAAGAGAACAAUAAGCUCACCUCUGCGGACUCCCCUGAGAGCCAAGAUCUUCAGCUUCAUGUUUCUGCAGUUCCGGAAGACAGCAAUGUCACGGCAAGCGAGCCUCAGGAGGAGGUAUCUGCAGUUCAAACUGACUACCUCUGAAGAGGAACUGCCAAGACCCCUACACACCCCUCCCCAGAGAAGCCCCUCAGCUGGAGGGUAUAUAGGUCGGAGGGACUUAAGAUCUAGCAUUCAGUUUUAGGUUCUCCAGCCAUAUGAAUGCUGGUGGUCUCUAAAGAUCUAGCAUUAAUGGAGGCUGAGGAGCCGACUUAGGGGAGGGAGGGUGGCAGGCUUGGAAGAAGAAACUAUUAGAUUCCGGGAAUAUUUAAUUCAGGCUUUGUAGCACUGUUAGAAUAAGAAGACUUUAUAUAUUAUUAAGUAAAGCGGGCCUAAAAUGACUGUAAAAAGCAUAAGCAUCUGUAGAUAGAGACACAUCCACAUAGAGACACAUUACCUACCACUCAUACUCAGGAGACAGUGAACAAAUCUUUGACUUACCAGUCACUUAGAGCCAAAAGAACAGAUUUUCUGAUUGUUAAAUAAAGUGUUAUUCUGACUGUGUAUGGAUGGGGUGGUUUUUUGUUUUUUGGGGUUUUUUUAGACACAGGGAGUUGUUUCAGCCCAGAACCCUGUUCUCCACUUAGGAUGUUACUGAUUCUAAACACGUUCAGAAAGCUGCAACUUCAGUCAGGCCUCUGCUUCUAACCCAUGGACUUUCAGAAAGCUUUAGUCCCAUCCGUGACACCCAGCCCCCGUGGGAAUGAUGCCAGGGGCCACAGGCUCCUUUCCUCCACCUAGGUGCUUUCCUUCCUGACCCCGGCCCCCACUUUCAGCUAAUAAGCAAAUUCCCCCCGUGAGGGGUUACAUUUUAGAGCUGUAGCUAGUGUUUACAAACUGCUGUGUGGUGUGAAUAAGUAUCUGAGCAGGAUGGAAGGAGACAUGGAACUCCAUGUGAAGGGAAAGGGUACAAAGUAUAAUAAUAUAAUGGAAAUGGCGUGGAAUUUAGAAUCCAUCAUUUAUUUCUGUGAAAACAUUAAAAACUCACUUUGAAGUCCUGCACCCAAUAAACACACACAUGCAAA